AUGGGAGACAAAGACGUGGAAGAUCUGACAAAAAGGUUGGAGGAGCUCUGUGAGAGCUCUAAGGAGUGGAGAGAGGAGGUAUCGCUGCUUUCACACUUAGAACAGCAUAAUCAUCUUGUCUCUGUACUGAAGAAGAAAGUGGAUGACACACAUGAAUGCUGCAGAGACCUGGAGCAGCUCAACAUGGAGCUGAAGAAACUGAGGGCAGAGGAUGCUGUGAAAGUUAAAACCCAGACCCAGGGUAUUCAGUAUUUGGAGGGGCGCUUCAUAGGUCUGGUCAAAAACCAUUGAAAGAUAAUCCAGUUCAAAAACAAACUCAAAAAACGGCACAUGCAGCUGUGGGAGGAGAACAGGCACCUGCGGCAGGACAGGGAAGUGCUCUUCGGCCAGGCUGUGAGGGAGAAGGAAGCUGAAGUACUCUGGCUGGUGGCCCAGGCCAGGAAGCUCUCACAGCAAUUAUGCUCCUUGCAGGAGAAAUAUGCUUAUGAGAGUCACAGAGCCUGGGAGCGAGAGAAGGAGCUGCUGGGUCAGAGCCAGUAAGCAGAUGCCUAUGCCUGGGAGGUGGAUUCACUGAAGAAGCAGCUGCAACUCCUACAGGAGAGGCACCAACAAGCUGCUGCAAGGGCUGAGCAGCAGAGUCAGCAGAGGGCUCAGGGCAGUGAGCUGCAAGCCAAGCUGGAAAGGGCACAUGAAGAGAAAGAGCAGCUACUGAACCUGGCCACGUAAAGGAGCAAAGCUCUGCAAGAUAAGGGGAUGCAGAAGCUGGAGAAGUUAGAGACUGUGGAAGAAGCCAUGCAGUGGGCAGGAAGGUGCCUCAAGAAAGAGGAAGCAGCAGCAGCAGACAAAGAUCUGAAGGUUCAAGAGCUCCUAGGACAGCUAGAACGCAGCAAGCAGGCGUACAAUGCACUCUUGCUGCGGUUCAAUGCUUACAGAAAGCACAGUAUGGAUUUGCUGACUAAAGAGAGAGCUGUGAAUGUCAAACUCCAUCACUUUGUUGCAUAA